AUGGCAUCUACAGCAAGCAUGUCCGUAAAUAUAGCCUCUACUGCGGGACCGUCCGAGUCACCACACCCACGGACCGAGGCGAUGGACGCGACCGUGCCGUCAUCAGCCGCAUCGACGGCGACGACGCAAGACAGGACAGGGUCCUCCACAUCCCGAUCCCCACCGCCGUCCGCAUCCGCGGCGUCGUCGGUAUUCUCCGCCCCGACUUGGUGGCCACAGCUGGGCUUCCGCGGAUCACAGGGCGGCGGCACAGCCACCACGCUGGCCAGCGCGACUGGCGCGUCGUCCAGGGCCCAUGUGCAGGCCUCGAUCCCUCCUCCCGUGGCGGCGGGGCCCUCGGCCAGGCGACCUCCGGACUUUGGCCUGCCGACGUCGCCGACGUCUCCCGGGUACCAGCAGCAGCAGCAGCAGCAGCAGCAACAACAACAACAACAACAACAAGCCAACAAUGUCGCCGAGGCGCGCGCGGCUCUCGAAGCCUCCAUGGCAAACAUUCUGGACCGUGAGCUCGUGCCCCGCGCCACGGCGCUGCACCGCGGCGAGCGCGUCAUCAAGAAGCAGCAGGCCGACGUGGUGCGCGCCACCGGCUCGCUUCGCCAGGCCAACCGCCAGCUCGAGGAGGUGGUUGAAGACGUCAGCUGGAAGCUGAGGGAGGUGGGCGACCUACAGAACUGGACCGAGCUGCUGGAGCAGCGCUUCCUGGCCGUCGAGGAGACGAUGCGGCUGGUCAGGGAGGGCGACAGCGACGAGGGCAGCUGCAGCAGCUGUCGGUGCUCAGAGUGCUGUUCGGACUGCGGGGGGAGCGACUGGGAUGGGAGUGCUGACGAUGGUGAAGAAGUGCCGGAUGCCAACCCCCGCAACCGAGAACAGGGAGACGCUCUGAAAGUUCCUGACGGACCAGAAGGACUUCCGGGCAUGUCUCAGCCCAUACAGCAGCAUCACAAUGAUGACGACCCCCUAGUAUCGAAAACAACCUUUGUCGAUCCCUGUUGUAUACCACUUCCCGAGGAAGACUGGUCGCCGGUAGACAUCGACAUAGCCUGCCAGGUACCAUUGCCCGAGGACUCUCUGAUCAAAGAGCACGAGGAUUCUUCAGAUGCAUGGGUUGACCAACAGAGUACCACAAUAUCUGUCGAGGAGUGUCCACCUGCACAAUAA